GGCGCCAAGCUAAAGGUCCAUUUUUGAAAUUGAUUUCCUAACGUAUUUGUGAGAAUCUUCGAAAAAGGGUUAAAAAACAAAAAAGUCGCUCCAUGCGCGUGGUGGGCUGGCAGCUCGCACGACAGUCGACCGUACACGGUCAGGACAAUGCGUACGGUUGGGACCAUUGUGACGGGCGCGGACACAGCUUUUUUUUUGGUCCGUGAUGGGUGGCAGGAUUUGCCUGGAUUUACUUUGCAUGUAAAUUCUCUGCUCGUGGGUAAUGUGACCCUUGCCAAUCCAUAAGCUCGACCGGACAGCACUAGACACGUGCACAAAUCUCCAACAUUGGAAGUUGGAGGCACUUCGGAAGCUGUAUAGGAAUUCUGACUUGUUGCAGCUGCGAUGUGGUUGGGCCUUACAUGGGCUUUAGGCAAAAUACAGCUGGCCCGGACACUUGGAGGACAGCAGCCGUUAGAUUGAUCGAAUGGCGUUCCUAGCAAAAAAAAAAAGAAAGAAAGAAAGAAAGAAAGAAAAAAGGAAAAAGGAAAAAAAAGAGAAGGAUUGAUCGAAUGGCGCUGGGCGUUCUUCCGUAAACACGGUCCCUUGCCUCCCUGGGCGCCCAGACAGGGAUCCAUGGCGCUGCGGCGGCUCGCCCGACGCGCCCUCCACCGCGCGGCGCUACACCACACACCUCCCCCGCCUCCCGGAUCCUUCUCGCCUCAACUACGAAGCCACAUCCUCCUCCUCCGAUUCUCCACCUCCUCGUCCGACCAGCCGCACUUCAUGGUCGACUACCUCGUCUCCACCUGCGGCCUCCCGCCGGACAAGGCCGCCAAGGCCGCUCCGCGGUUCGCGCACCUCAGCUCCCCCGCGCGGCCCGACGCGGCGCUCGCUUUCCUCCGCUCGCGUGGCCUCACCCGCGCGCAGGCCCGCGCCGUCGUGUCCUGGAACCCUUCGGUGCUCCUCAGCGACGUGGACGCCACCCUCGCGCCCAAGUUCCGCGCCGUGCGGUCGCUGGGCCUCACCCGCGCCGAGGCCGCGCGCGUCUUCGCGCUCUACCCGCCCGCGCUCACCAUGGGCGUCCACACCAACCUCCUCCCGCGCCUCCUGCUCUGGCUCGACCUCCUCGGGUCCGCCAGGUUGCUGAUGAAAUGGCUCGCCAAGACGUGGCUGCUCAAGAGCGGCGUCGACGCGCUCCUGCGGAACCUCGACGCGCUCCGGGGCCACGGCGUCCCCGAGGCGCGACUCGCCGCCACGGUGCGGCUCAAGCCGUCGCUGAUCCUGCAGUCGCCCGCGAGGCUCCGGGCGCUGGCCGCGCGCGUCGACGCCUGCGGGGUGCCGCGCGGCUCCCGGAUGUACGCGUGGGCGCUCCUGGCGCUGCACAGCGUCAGCGACGCCGCGUUCCGGGCCAAGAGGGACGCCGUGAUGCGCGGGACCGGGUGCACGGAGCAGGAGUUCCUCGCCAUGUUCCGGCGCGCGCCGUGCUUCCUGUUCAUGUCCGCGGAGCUGCUUCGCCGCAAGGUGGAGUUCCUGGUGGGCACCGUCGGGUGCGGCGCGGACGGCAUCGUCAGGGACCCCGUGCUGCUGACGCUCAGCCUCAGCAAGCGGAUGGUGCCGCGGUGCCGCGCCAUCGGGGCCUUGAAGGCCAGAGGCGUGGACAUCGGCAAGCAGCGGCUGGUGAACAUCGUGAGAGCCUCGGAGACCAGGUUUGUGGAGAGGUACAUACUGAAGUAUAGCGAUCAGGCGCCUGAACUCCUUGAGCUGUAUCCGCCUGAUCACCGCAAGAGCAGCUCGCAGGGUGAUUGAUUCGACAUUUUCCCCCCCUGACUCCUGUGUGAUGUGUGUUGAGGUUCAGAUUAGAGAUUGACGGGGACAUUGUUUUAAGAUGAUUUGAGCAGAACAGAAGCUAAUAGAUGAAGCAUGUUCUGUUCGCAAUACAGAAGCUUAUGCAUAAACAGUUAAGCGUGCUGCAUUGUCAUUUGGUUCUGGGCUUCAGGCUUUGCCGUGAUCUGCUGCUUCGCAUUCUGAAUGAGCUGAAAUUGCAAGACUCUUGGCUGGCCGGUUUAACUCUGUGACGCCAUUGUUUCGCUAUGUACUUUCUUUUGUCAUCACUUGGCUCCGUCAGUUGUCA